ACCGUCGACCAAGCAUCGACGACGCGCGUUUCUUGCACCCGACCACAACAAUGCCUUCCUCAUUCUUUAUCCCAGUCCUCCUUGCGGGGAUGAUAAUAACGGGUUCGAGUAACUCGUUAUGGAGCAAGUGGCAGGACAUGCAAUGCGUCGAGAACUGCGACGACCCUAACCAAGCCCAUCAUGUUCUCUACGAACAGCCUGUCUGGCAGACCCUCCAAAUGUUCCUCGGCGAAAUGCUUUGUUUUCUUCCCGUCAUUUACACGUGGCUCAGAACGAGGCGUCAAUCUGCACCCGUCCACCUUCCCGCCGAUGCCGACGAAGAUGCUCACACUUCGAAUAAGCUAUCCCCACCCACACAGGAGCUGCGAGGUUGGAAGAUAUUACUUUUGUGGCUUCCAGCCGCCUGUGACCUCACGGGAACAACGUUGAUGAACGUUGGUCUAUUGUACACGCCUGUUUCUAUCUAUCAGAUGACACGUGGUGCUCUUGUCUUGUUUGUUGGUGUUCUCAGUGUUAUAUUCCUUCAUCGCCGACUAUGGCUAUAUCAGUGGAUAUCGCUGAUCACUGUUAUGGCAGGCGUCUCUCUGGUUGGUUACAGCGGAUCUCUCAUCAAAGAUGCCGUCAAAGAGACGUUACAACUGUUGGGUGUGCCCAUUGCUGAUUCUCCAGCCCCUAUCGAAGAACCAGAAGUUACCAAAGUUCUCGUCGGGGUGUUCUUCAUCCUGUUCGCUCAGAUCUUUACGGCGACCCAAUUCGUGGUUGAAGAAAAGAUUAUGUCUCGGUACUCUGUUGCUCCCCUAGUGGCUGUUGGAUACGAAGGUCUUUUUGGAUUUCUUACCAUUCUGCUAUUUGUUCCCAUCUUGGCUCAACCUUCGAUUUCAUCUCGCUCGCCAUUCUUUGACCUCCCUCGUGGGUGGUACCAGAUGAUCUACACUCCAUCCGUUCUUUGGUCUGGUGUUGCCAUUGCGUUUAGUAUCGCGCUGUUCAACUAUUUCGGUUUAAGCGUGACGAGACACGUAAGCGCCACAGCUAGGAGCUUGACUGACACUUGCAGGACUUUAUCCAUCUGGGUCAUUAGUCUUGGCUUGGGAUGGGAGAAGUUGCUAUUCCCGAUAUCGCUUCUUCAAGUUUUGGGCUUCUCCCUGUUGGUUUAUGGCACUUUCCUAUUCAACAACCUAGUUAACCCUCCAUCGAUCAUCCGGCCCCCAUCUUCUCCUACGUUGGUUGAAGGUGACGAGGAAGAAGCGCAAGGCCUUCUGGAAUCUUCGCAGCAAGUGGAUGAAACAGCAGCCCUGCCUGCUGACCUAGGGCAGAGUGGGUAUGAUGUGAUGCCCGCAGAUACACAUGUGCACGCGCGAGGCGUGACGAGUAACGAUGGGUGAGAUAUAUAGUGUGGUCGAGAACAUGUAUCCCUUUCUUUGCUUUGACGUGUUGCAAUGCGAUGCCGUUCAUCUUUGAGU